AUGGCUUCCAAAUUAGCAAUCGUGCUUAUCUUUAUGCUUGCCUUCUGCUUAUUCCUUCAUGUCGACGCAAUAAUAAUUGGCAUCCUGAAAGUUACCGUCCGUGGACAGGGCAAGGCGUCUACCCAAUUUAGAUCGAUUAUCAGCAGGAGAAGGCAAGAAAUAAAUUUUAGAUUGAAUGGUCAUUUCCUUGAUUCUAUUUUACUAAUACAUAUUCUCGAUUUCUUUACACGGACAGACAAAAGUGAUCCAUAUGCCCUGGUAUGGGUUGGCGGUUCAAAGGCGUUCCCUGUUACACAGCCCGCACAGACGACGAAAGUUGCAAGCAAUACAUUAAACCCAGUUUGGAAUGAGGAUUUAUAUUUCUGUAUUACGAACCAAACUUCAGUCUAUGUUGAUGUUCUGGAUAAAAACCAUCCCCCUUCAACUCCUGAUAAUUUUAUCGGUCUCGCUGCUGUUCGCCGGAUCAGGAAGUUGUCGCCAGCAUGGUUUCCUUUGUACGGCACCAAACACGGACAAAUCCGCCUCUCAAUGGAAUUCUUUCCUACCAAAGCUGCUGUUGGUGUAGCCUAA